AACGCCACGCCACUCAUCAUCGAUAGGGGAGAGAACAAGACAUCACACAAACCCCUCCAUCUCAAGGAAGUGUGUCAGGCCGGCAGGAAUAUGAUCCAGAUUACGGUCACCGCCUGUUGUUGUUCGCAUCUGUUUCUGUUACAACUGGUCCACAGACCGACCGUACGGUCGGUACUCCAGGGCCUACUCCGCAAACGGCUGCUACCGCUCGCCCACUGCGCCGACAAAAUCAGGCGAAACUUCGCCAACGGCUCACUCCCGCCGACACUUCCCAAUCAAAGUAAUCAUCAGUCGAGCGGCGGUGAGGACGGCGUGGAACAGACGGCCAUCAAAGUGUCUCUCAAGUGCCCCAUCACUUUCAAGAGGAUCACACUACCGGCCAGAGGGCCCGACUGCAAACACGUACAGUGCUUUGAUUUGGAGUCAUAUUUGCAACUAAACUCGGAGCGCGGCUCCUGGCGCUGUCCCGUAUGCAACAAAGGAGCCGUACUCGACGGCCUGGAAGUGGACCAAUACAUCUGGAGUAUACUCACCACACAGGGAACCGCCGACUUCGAAGAGGUGACCAUCGAUUCGUCCGCCUCUUGGAAACCAUUUCACGGAAAGACAUUCAAAGAGGAACACGACGGCGGAAAUCCGUGUCUGGUGUCCAAACGAUUCAAAGCCAUGUCUCCCAAUAGCAUGAGUUUGCCGACGUCCAGCUCCUGGGAAUUGGGACAGGGAUUGUCGCCAUACAAUCCCCUGCCGACGCCCGACAUGCAAUCCAUAAGCAACGGCCCGGUAUCUAACGGACCAAUAAUGAACGGCUACGGCGGUGGCGGCGGUCCAGUAAGUGGACCGGUCGGCGGUGUCGGACCCCACAAUCCCAACACAGGUUUAGUGAACGGUUUUGACUUCCAGUCGUCGGCUUCAGACUUCACGCCACUCUCACACGACGGAAGCGAAUCCAUGUUAGACCCGAUCGCCGCUAUGGAGAAGUCGCUGAGCCAUCACGAGCAGCACAUGGGUCCGCCCGCGUUCGGCUCAGACACCACCGGCGGUGUGUCCGUCAACGCCAUUCGCCAACAACAGCAACAACAACAACAACAUCAGCAACAGAUGCAACAGUCGUCGCACAACAGCCCCCACAACGGCGGCGGACCGACGACACCCGGACAGCACCCGUUAUCGGGCCAUCCGGGCGGUGGCGGCCCCGCACAGGGACCCCCUCUCACAUCGGUGCACAACUCGCACUCCAACAACAACGGCAACGGUAGUCACGGACCCCACACACCGAACACCCCUUCGUCGUCGUCGAUGGUGGGCGGAGGAGGCGGUGGCGGUCACAACGGGCCGCACACUCCACACACACCGCAUACACCGCAUACGCCGCACACCCCUAACGGCGCCGGACACGUGGGCCCGCCCUCUGUCACGACGUCCACCGGUCCGGCCAGCGUUGAAGCCGUCGGUCACAACCAAUCAAACAACUCGUCUCUGUCGCACACCAAUGACUCGUUGGGUGAUCUCAACUUUGAUCCCGCGGCCAUCAUCGAUGGUGAGGGGCCCGGACAGGAGGUCCUCAAUUUGUUGCCGGAGAACGGUGUGGACGCCAUGGAGUUGUUAUCCUAUUUAGACACUCCGGAUCAAAGCGCCGGCAACUCUUCGCUGGCCAAUAGCGGUGGUGUCAACAGCUCUACACUCAGUUCCAGCUCUUCGUCGGUGAACGACGACUUGCUAUCGCUGUUUGAAACGUAAUCUUAUCGGUCAUUGCGUUUAAAAAUAACAUUUUUAUUAUUAAUUAUUAUAAUUAUGAAUUAAUUAUUAAUUAUUAACUCCUAUUAAUUAUUGAAAAAUAUAAAAUUACUAAUAAUUGAUAUAAACUAUUAUAAGAAGACUAAUCAUAAAUUAUUGUACAAAACGGAAACA